AUGCAGAUCAAGCAGUACCUCCAGUACCUGGCGGCGGCUCUGCCGCUCGUCAACAUGGCUGCUGCCCAGCAGGCCGGCACUCAGCAGACCGAGACUCAUCCCCGUUUGAGCUGGAAGCGCUGCUCGUCAGGCGGCAACUGCCAAACAGUCAACGCCGAGAUCGUCAUCGACGCUAACUGGCGCUGGCUGCACGACUCCAACUACCAGAACUGCUAUGACGGCAACCGCUGGACCAGCGCGUGCAGCUCGGCGACCGACUGCGCGCAGAAGUGCUACCUGGAGGGCGCCAACUACGGCAGCACGUACGGUGUCUCGACCAGCGGCGAUGCCUUGACGCUCAAGUUCGUCACCAAGCACGAGUACGGAACCAACAUCGGCUCGCGUGUGUACCUCAUGAAUGGCUCGGACAAGUAUCAGAUGUUCACGCUGAUGAACAACGAGUUCGCCUUCGACGUCGACCUGAGCAAGGUCGAGUGCGGUCUCAACAGCGCCCUGUACUUUGUCGCCAUGGAGGAGGACGGCGGCAUGCGCAGUUACUCGUCCAACAAGGCCGGCGCCAAGUACGGCACAGGCUACUGUGAUGCCCAAUGCGCUCGUGACCUCAAGUUCGUGGGCGGCAAGGCCAACAUCGAGGGCUGGCGCCCGUCGACCAACGAUGCUAACGCCGGUGUUGGUCCGUACGGCGCCUGCUGCGCUGAGAUCGACGUCUGGGAGUCAAACGCCUAUGCCUUCGCCUUCACCCCCCACGGUUGCCUCAACAACAACUACCACGUUUGCGAAACCUCCAACUGCGGUGGUACAUAUUCGGAGGACCGCUUCGGCGGCCUCUGCGACGCAAACGGCUGCGACUACAACCCGUACCGCAUGGGCAACAAGGACUUCUACGGCAAGGGCAAGACGGUCGACACCAGCCGCAAGUUUACUGUCGUCACGCGCUUCGAGGAGAACAAGCUCACGCAGUUCUUCAUCCAAGACGGCCGCAAGAUCGACAUCCCGCCGCCGACCUGGCCCGGCCUGCCCAACAGCAGCGCCAUCACCCCCGAGCUGUGCACCAACCUCUUCAAGGUCUUCGACGACCGCGACCGCUACGAGGAGACGGGCGGCUUCCGCACCAUCAACGAGGCCCUGCGCAUCCCCAUGGUCCUGGUCAUGUCCAUCUGGGACGACCAUUACGCCAACAUGCUCUGGCUCGACUCGGUCUACCCACCCGAGAAGGCUGGCCAGCCCGGCGCCGAGCGUGGUCCUUGCGCUCCUACUUCUGGCGUCCCUGCCGAGGUCGAAGCCCAAUUCCCUAAUGCCCAGGUCAUCUGGUCCAACAUCCGCUUCGGCCCCAUCGGCUCGACUUACCAGGUCUAG